CGCACUCGCGCCGUCUCGCUCGCGCCAUACUGUCAGUUUGUUCGCCGAAAAUGAAGCAACAGUGUUGGCAACACUCGCGACGAGAGCGCGCCUUAACAGUUGCGCGUUCCACGUUUGAAAAAUCGAGUGGAUUUCGAAUUCGGAACUUUUUAAUUUUGGUGUUCAAUCGUCAAUGGACUUUUAAUGAUUGUUUGAUAGUGUAGAGAUGUGCAUGGCAGUACUUUGAGUGUGUUAUAUUAAAGUCGUGUGAUGGAGAUGUCGCUGCCGAACGGCGUGGACGUGUCGCAGCUGGUGCAGCACCCCGUGCUGGCCGCCUUGCCGCCCUUCUUCCUCAGAGCUUCAGAGAGAUAUCAGCGGACGCCGAAGUGCGCGCGGUGCCGCAACCACGGCGUGGUGUCGGCGCUGAAGGGCCACAAGCGCUACUGCCGGUGGCGGGACUGCGUGUGCGCCAAGUGCACGCUCAUAGCCGAGCGGCAGCGCGUCAUGGCGGCCCAGGUGAGCCCCUCGUCUGUAGCAGUGCAUGUGGCGUUGCGACGGCAGCAGGCACAGGAAGAGAACGAGGCGCGGGAACUGAACCUCCUGUACACGGGGCAGCCGCCUGCGCCGCACCAUUACGAUAUGCCCGACGAUUCGCCUGCUCAGAAGCGUGCGCGGAUCACAGAGGUGUGCUCCAGCCCUUCGCCCCCCACGGACCAGCAGCCUGACUCCAAGUCUCCGCCGCAAACCCCUCCGCUUGCAACCCCUCCCCCACGCUCGCCUUCCGACCACGAGCUCAACGUUGAAGAAGAACUUGAAGACCAGUCUGAGACCUCCCUCACCCCCGAAAACCUCUCCAUGAAGGCGCCCAGAACUGAAGACCCGACGCCAGUCAAAAAGGAAGACGAUGACAAGUGGGAGAGCCCCGAUUUCAAAUACAAAAUGUUCAGACGAGAGCGGAAAGAGUCAUUACCUGAGCAGUCCGAGGACUGCUCGCCCUCUUUCCAGAAAUCCCCCGUUGACGUUCUUAUCAAAGUUUUUCCAAGAAAGAGUCGACAGGAGAUCGAAGCAAUCCUGUCGCGCUGCAAAGGGGAUGUCGUCGCCGCGAUGGAAAUGAUGAUAAAUGGAACUGAGCCACCCACAAACGCUUACAAUAUGACGCAAGAAUCUCCUCCUUACAUGCAGAACUAUCAGUCAAAAUCUGCUUUCUCGCCACUGUCGAAUCAGAGUUUUAAAUUUUCUCCGUCUCGGAGGUUCCUGACGCCGCCGUACAGUGGGACGGGCUACCUGCCGACAGUGAUCCGGCCGCCGCCGGAGUACCUGUCGGGCUUCAUGCCGCCGGCGGAGCUGAUGUACGGCAGACAGAUGCCCGUGCCCUCGCCCGGGACCUCGCCGCGCUCCGACAACACCAACACAGAGUUCUCGGACUAGGGGUACCCGCAUUGGACAGUGCUGUGAAGUGCUGAUUGAGGACUUGUGAUUAUAUAUUAGUAUUAUGCUUACUUAGUAAAAUUAUACUUUACGACAAGAAAUAUGUGGUCAAUAGU